CUUCAGUCUUUUUCUUCCCCUCCAUUUCUUUUCCAGGAAGAAGCGUAUGAUAUUAUUCUUUUUUAUUUGUUUAGAUUUUCUGCUUCGAGACAGUUUCCUCAUCAGCGCAAAGAAAAUCAGAAAAGAAGUAGAAGAAUUUGAAACAUAAAUUGGUUCAGCUUUGUCUUUGAUUCUUGGGUUUCUAAGAUUUUGGGUGUUAUUAUCGCAGCAAAGUUAUGGAAGUAGCUCUUGCAGAGGCAGCGUUGGAAAAAUCAGUUUCGGACUUGUUUGGAAUCGUUAUGGCUGUCACAGGGAACACCCUUAUGUUCGACGAUGUUCUGGAACGCCUUAAAUAUACGUUAGGUAGAUUAAAGGGAGUGAUGGAAGACAUAGAAAGGUCACACAAAGAAAUGGGUCGCCCAGAGGAAAUAAGCGCCUUGAUCGAACAGAUAAAGAAGGGCGAAGAUCGCGUUAAGAAGUACUCGAAGCUCCCGUGGUGGAAAUACCCCAUGAGAUUCCAUUACACGAGCAAACUUCAAAAGUUGGAAGCGGACCUUAUCAGGUUCUUUCAGCUUGAUGUGACAGCAUGGACUUAUCGGAGUGUGUCCAACACCUGGAAUGUGGUGAGUGAUACGCUUGCGAGAAUGCAUUUGGCCGGUGUGGGGUCGUGCGCGGUUCCUGAACCCCCGGAUUUUACUGUUGGGUUAGAUGUGCCUUUGAAGGAGUUGAAGAUGCGGCUGCUGAAGGAGGAGGUGUCCAUUCUUGUCUUGACUGCUCCGGGAGGAUGCGGGAAGACCACAUUGGUGACAAUGCUUUGUCGGGAUCAGGAAAUUAAAGGCAAAUAUGAGGGCAAUAUUUUUUUUAUCACGUUCUCAAAAUCUCCCAACGUGAAGGUCAUUGUACAAGAAAUAUUUCGCAAGAAGAAAGAGCAGGUGCCUCAAGAGUUUUCAAGUGAUGAAGAUGCAAUCAGCAAGCUGAAGCAACUGCUGAAUCGAAUGGAGCAAAAGUCUAUUUUGUUGAUUUUGGAUGAUGUCUGGUCUGGAUCAGAAUCUCUUCUUGACAAGUUUGCAUUUCAUAUGCCGAAUUACAAGAUUCUAGUGACUUCAAGAACUGCAUUUCCAAGAUUUCCCUUUAGAUACAAGUUAGAACCAUUAAAUGGUAAAGCUGCAAUGAAGCUUUUUCGUCACUCAGCAAUCCUGAAUGAUGGGAGCUCUUACAUUCCCAGUGAAGAUAUUGUCGAAAAGAUAGUGAAAGACUGUGGGGGGUUUCCACUGGCCCUUAAAGUGAUUGGCAGAUCACUGUGUGGGCAGUCUGAAAUGGUCUGGCGCAGUAGAGUUAUGGAAUGGUCUAAUGAUCACUCUAUACUUGCUUCUAGUACUAGUAGUGAUCUGCUUGUUUGUCUCCAAAAAAGCCUAGAUUUCAAAGAUAAAGAGAUCAUCAUCAAGAAGUGUUUCCUGGACCUAGGUUCAUUCCCUGAAGACCAAAGGAUCCGUGUUGCUGCCUUAAUUGAUAUGUGGUCAGAAUUAUACGAACUAGAUGAAGAUGGCAUCCAGGCCAUCGCCAACCUAUGUGAAAUCACCAACCGGAAUCUGGCUAGUCUUCUUGUCACAAGGAAAGAUGCAAGUGAGGUUGGCAUCUACUGCAGUGAUGACUACGUCUUACAACAUGAUCUUCUUAGAGAGCUAGCUAUACAUGAGAGCAGCCAGGAGCCAGAAGAACAAAGGAAAAGACUGAUUGUGGACAUAAGUGAAAACAAGCUUCCCAAGUGGUGGAAGGAAUCAAGGCAGCAACCUAUCAGCGCCCAGCUCUUGUCAAUCUCAACUGAUGAUAAGUUCUCAUCAAGUUGGUGUAAUAUUCAAGCAUCAGAAGUUGAGGUUUUAGUUCUGAAUUUCCAAACAAAGAAUUACACCUUACCCAAGUUUGUGGAAAAAAUGGAUAAAUUAAAGGUCUUGAUAGUCACAAAUUAUGGUUACUUUCAUGCUGAAUUAGAUAAUUUUCAGCUACUUGGGUCUCUUUCUUAUCUAAAGAAAAUCAGAUUAGAGAAGGUUUCAAUUACUUCCCUUUUCAAGUCCCCAGUGCAAUUGAAGAGUUUGGAAAAGAUAUCCCUGUUUAUGUGUAAUAUUGGUCAGGCUUCUAGGGCUUGUACUAUUCAGGUUUCAGAUGCAUUGCCAAAUCUAAAGGAGAUAAACAUUGACUCUUGCAUUGAUCUUGUUGAAUUGCCUGCUGGACUGUGUGAUAUUGUCUGCCUUAAGAAACUUGGCAUCACUGAUUGUCAUAACCUAUCUGCACUGUCCGAAGAGAUUGGAAAGUUGGUAAAUUUAGAAGUGUUAAGGCUUAGGUCAUGUAGUGAUUUGGUACAGUUGCCAAAGUCGGUCACAAGCCUCAGUAAGUUAAGCCUUCUUGACAUAUCUGACUGCACAAACAUUAGAAAGUUGCCUAAAGACAUUGGUAACUUGUGUAAUUUGAAAGAGCUCAACAUGAAAGGGUGCAUGAGACUGCGUGAGCCUUUACCACUAUCAACUUGGAAUCUUGAGAAAUUGAAGCUUGUGAUAUGUGACAAAGAGAGGGCCGAGUUAUGGGAGCCUUUGAAAGAGUCCCUCCCCAGUCUUAAGAUAAAGUUGGCUGCAAAAGAUACCAACUUGCAUUGGCUUCUCAAUCGUUUGUGAGAAUUAUUUCUUGUUGAAUAAUGUUGUAGUAUUCUUACAUAUAAUUUAUCGUAUUUGGGAGAGUCUAUGGUUAAUAAACUUUCAAUGAACAUCAUGUCAUUUCCAAGCAAGCCAGAGUUUUAAUAAUGUUUUAAU